AUGGCAUCAGGCAACAUCCUCCAACUGCCCUUCCGGCACACCCUCACCGUUUCCCUCUCAGACGCAAUAACGCAAUACAUCUCCUCCAAAUAUGAUCAACGACCGGACAUGUUUGCAGAUGAUCUGCUCAUUCUCGAUCGACUCCGAUCCGAAGCUGUGAAUGUACAGGAACCGCAUGUCAGAGGGAUUAGUCGGUUGGUUGCUUAUGCAGCUCAGUUGAAAUGGUUGGGUGGGAAGUUUCCUGUUGAUGUUGGUGUGGAUUUUUCGUGGUAUCCGGCUUUUGGGUUUAAUACGACUCGGCCAAUUGUGCAGAAUAAUCUACGAUUCGAGCUCGCAAAUGUUCUAUUCAACCUUGCCGCGUUGUAUUCGCAACUUGCCUACUCGCUGAAUAGGACUACAUCUGACGGCCUCAAACAAGCAUGCAACUACUUCUCUCAGGGUGCUGGUGUCAUCGCCCACCUCCGAAAAGAUAUUAUUCCCGAUCUUCGUGCCUCACCUCCAGAAGACAUGGACGAAAUGACACUACAAAGUCUCGAAGAACUCCUCUUAGCGCAAGCGCAGGAAUGUUUUUGGCAAAAGGCUGUCAAGGACGGACUCAAGGAUGCCUCUAUAGCGCGGCUAGCGGCCAAAGUGUGUGACUUUUAUGCUGAAGCUGGUGAUUACGCGGUGAAGUCGAAUGCGAUUAGUACAGAUUGGAUACAUCACAUGUCCGCCAAACAUCAUCAUUUUGCGGCCGCGGCGCAAUAUCGGCAGUCGCUCGAUUGUCUGGAUAAGAGGAAAUACGGAGAGGAAGUUGCGCGUCUAAGGGAUAGUCUGAAAUGCGUAAAUGAAGCGCUCAAGGAGACCAAAUGGAUCAAUCGGAUUGUCCUGGGUGAUCUAAACGGAUUGAAAAGUCGAGUGACAGAAGAUCUCAAACGAGCUGAAAAGGAUAAUGAUAUGAUCUAUCUUAUGCCGGUGCCUCCAAAGUCCGAGUUGAAGCCUAUUGAUCGUGCGGUUAUGGUGUCUGCGAAGGCGCCGACGCAGGUUACUGAUGCGAUUUCUAUGCUUGGUGAGAAUGGGCCGCUUGGGCAGCCGUUACUUGCCAAGUUGGUGCCGUAUGCUGUUCAUAUUGCGGCUAGUAUUUAUUCUGAUCGUCGGGAUCGAUUGGUUAAUGAGACGAUUAUUGGAGAGUUGGAGUCGAUGACUGAUAAAUUGCGAGAUCUUUUGCAAUCGCUCAAUCUGCCUGGUUCUUUACAAGCUUUGGAGAAACCUCUAGGAAUUCCACCAACUCUUGUGUCUCACGCGGAGGAGCUUCGUCAACAAGAUGGCCUCAAUCGCUUACAUCGUUCUCUAGAAGACACAGCUCAAGUCAAGAACAACGACAAAGCGUUGUAUUCUGAGGGUGUGGACCUCCUAUCAGCAGAAAAGGAAGAAGACGACGGUGCUCGCGCAAAGUAUGGUACAGACAGGUGGAACAGAGAGUCUUCUGUUAUAGCCGGACAAAAAGUGUACCAGACAGCGUCGGAUAUCAAUGGCUAUUUCUCCUCUGCUCAGAGUACCGACGAGCUGAUUCGGGGUAAAUUGCGAGAUGCCGAAAAGGUUCUUCGUAUAUUGACCGGCACGAAUCGUGACUUGGAAUCGUAUAUUCCUAGCAGUCGUCGGGCUUCAAUUACCCCAGAUCUAGAGAGGGAGUCUAGCAGGUUGAGGAGUUGUUUGAAUGAGGUGAGCAGACUUGAGAAUCGGCGGAAGCGUCGUGUUCAAGUUUUGAAGGAGAAGGCUCGUGCAGACGAUAUCAACCCGGCUCUACUCAAAGAAACAGCUCGCCUUGAGCGAGAAUUCCCUAUGCAACCCAUUGAAGCAAGCCAAUUCGAAACCUUAUUCGAAGACCAUCUCCACCUUUAUGACUCAGACAUUGACAUGGUCGCCCAAGAACGAGCCGAACAAGAACAGCUCGAAACUCAAGUCCGCGAAGCAAACAACAAUUUCAACCGUGCUCGUCGUGGCGAUACAUCUAGCAAAGAACGCGAAAAGGCACUACAAGAACUUGAGAAUGGAUACGCAAAGUACAAGGAGCUCAUUAGCAAUAUUGAAGUUGGACGAAAGUUUUACAAUGAUUUGGCCAAGAUUGUGGGUCGGUUUAGAGAUGACUGCAAAUCGUUUGUGCAUGAGCGUAGGAUGGAGGCUAGUCAAUUGGAAAAUGACAUCACCAACGCCGCUGCAAUGGCAGCACUGAACAUAUCAUCUCAUCACCAUCCAAUCCAGCAUCAGCAGCAACCAGUCCAGCCUCAACCUCCAGUCCCUCAACCGCCGGCAGAACAACCUCUAACUGCCCCACAACCCACAAGAGCCAAUACAGUCCCACCACCCGUCCCGAAUACAGGCGGUAUCUGGUCGCCGGAGAUGGGCAUUCGGUUUGGGGGAGCAUUGCCUGCUCCUGGAAGUACACAGCCGGGUCGACAGGGUAAUGCUGGGGGAGCGGCCGGGACUCGGGAUCCAAGCAAGGGGAUGAGGUUCUCAUAG